AUGAGCUACUCGGCACACGCGCCACUGCGACCGUCGCGCCUCAACUCGUCGCCGUCGUCUUCAUCGCUCCACCCCUCGAGCGACGGACAACCUCCCUCUUCACCGACGACGAGCUCGUUCUACACGGCUGCGAGUGCACGGGCAGGGUCAUACAAGGGUCAGGCAUCGGUCAGGUCUGCGUCAGCGCGAGGAGCGAGCGCGUCAUCUUCCUCGCGACGGACUUCGCUCGGGACAGGCAGUCAUGCUCGACCAGCCGGCGCAGCGUCUUCCUCCCCGACAAGCUCCUCAGCGUUGGCACUAUCGACUCGCCGAGCAGCACACGAGAACGCGCGACAAGCAGCCCGCGCUCGACUCUUCCCUCCCCGUUCUCUCGGCUCGACUUCACUCGCGCUCUUGCCGGACGAGCCAGGCGGGUUCAAUCGCGGAGGAGACUGGGAGGAAUAUGACGAGGAUGAGUUGAUGCGGCUGGAGAUUGAGAUGAGGAAGGACAGGCGGAGGUGGGAAUGGGAGGGAAAGAUGAAGGAGGAGUGGGCGCGAGAGGAAGGCUUGAUUGUCGAGGAGGAGCCCGAAGAUGCAGGCAUGACGGAGGAGGAACCGCCUCUUGACGUCCAGUACGAAGACGGCCCGUUCACCUACUCUGCCUUGCCUUCUCCAACGAUCUUCCCUCCACGCCUUCCUUCGCUCGCUUCCGACCCGGGCGACUCGGCAUCUAGCGCCGCUCCAUCGCCAACAGCCGAAGACUUCCCCAUGGAGUCCGCCUCUCUUCCCUCACAUCCUUCCGCCAACGACCGGGAUGCCUUUGAGCGUGCGUUGAGGGACGUACAUACAUGUCCGGCUUGUAAGGCGGAGGGCGCGGUCAGAUUGUCGGCGGAGGAAGGAAUGAAGUGCGGUGCUUGCGGGUGGGGGAUCCAUGUGGAUGUGUUGCGGCCGCUCGAGGAGGCUUUCGUCUCGCAUGGAUCUGCCAGCGAAGGACACCUUCCCAUCGUCACCUACACGCCUUUCACCGACACGAUCGUCUUCUGCGCCCACAGUGGCUGCGACGAGCAGUUUGCGGCGUGA